GCGACAAAAAUAAUACGACAUUUCGAUUAACUAAUUUUCCAUUUAUUAACUUAAGGUUGCAUUUACACUCUCUUGUCAUCGAUUCCAAGUGAAUUACAAAUGUCAUUUUAGUCACGCCUAUGACAGCUGUUUUAUAUUUACGUUUUUACGUUUUAUACCUCGUGCGACUUAUUGUUAUUGAUAGCAUAAAUUAAGAUGGUUGCAGACAACGUUGAGUUGGAAAAAGCUUUAGAUAUUAACAAAUAUAUAUUAUCUAAGUAUACAGUUUCCAAAUUAGUGGAUAGAACUCUGGAAUUACGUUUUUUGGAUAAUUCUCCGGAUUUGGAUUGGAAUUUGGAUUGCAGACAUGGCCAAGAAAAAUGUUUAGAUCUGCAAUAUCCUUUUGCCCGUAGUCCUUCAACUUUGACUAGAGUAAAUGUAAAAGAUUUCAAGAUUUUAUUAGAAGCUGAUGGUCAACUGCACACUAAAAGUAUAACCGAAAUAAAAUUUGAUGUAAAGAAAAUAUGGGAUUUUACAUGGCAGCCUGGUAAUACGAUCGGUAUAUUACCUCACAAUGAUGAAUCUGAUGUUGAAGAUAUUUUAAAAUAUUUAAAUUUGGAAAAUAAGGCAGACAAUUUAUGCGUAUUUCAACUAAUGCAAGAAUCUAAAAAAACUAAAUACCCUUCACAUAUACCCAAUCGAACAACACCACGAGAAGUGUUGAGAGAUUGCCUUAAUCUGAGAGGAGUUUUGAAAAAGCAAUUUCUAAGAACUUUGGCUGAAUAUUGUUCUGACAUCUCUGAUGUCAGCUUUUUAAAAUGUAUAUCUUCGAAAGAAGGGUCUGCAUAUUAUAACGAAAUUAUUUUACAAAAUGCUUUUACUCUGUUGGACAUUUUGAAAACUUGCCCAUCAUGUCAACCGCCGCUUAGUUUAUUAGUAGAACAUUUGCCACGCCUUUUACCUAGGGAGUACUCUAUAGCCAGCAGUCCUUUAAUUAAUUCGAAUGAAUUUCGUAUAAUUUUUUCGAUUUUUUCUACUAAUCCUGGUAUUACAACAAAAAUGUUGCAGAGUAAACCUGCACAAGUUUUAAUGUACCUAAGACAGCCGAAUAAAUUUUGUUACACAGAAGACGAUUUUCAAAAUGAUCAAAUACUUAUAGCAGUGGGAGGUGCAGCUUUAGCUCCAUAUUUAGGUUUUUUGCAGCACAAGCAAUGUCUUAUCGAAAAGGGAGCGUCAGGAGUUGCCGGCAAAACAUGGCUUUUUGUAGGUGGUGUUAGCCCGCAAGCAAUCGCUCAUCGUUCUCAAUUGAUGCAAUGGCUUUCUAAGAAUGUUUUAAACAAAUUUAUAGAAAGUCAUUCUCGUUCACCGUCCGCCACCAAUUCAUAUCAAUAUAUACAUGAGGCCUUAAAUGCGAAUUCCAAAGUGUUCAUUGACUUACUUUUGCAGCCGCAAACCUCGAUAUAUGUAUGUGCAGAUGGUUCUCAAAUAUCCGCAGCCCUAGAGGCAACAAUUUGCAAAUGUUUAAGUAAAGAAAUCAAUAUCGAACAAUCUGAGGCUCAGAAUAUAAUCAAAGAUUAUCGUAGGCAAAAUAAAUAUCGAGAAGAUUUCUGGUGCUAAAAAGUAAAAGCAGAAAAACAAAGGAUUUUAUUUUAUAGAGGUCAACGAAAAGGUGAGGAAAUGCUUGACUAUUGGAUUAAAAAUAAUCCGAGAUGUCUACCGUUUAUCUAUGUUCGGUCGUCGAUUUUCUUCUUUUUUUUUGUCCGCGUAAAUGGCCAUCCGCAAGAAGUGAAAAAAUAAAAUCAUUUAUGUAAUUCACAGUAGCCGACAAUUGUACUAUAUUUUCUUAGUCAGAAGAUCCAAAGACUAUCUUAUACAUUUUGUUUUUAAUAAGUUGUGUCUUCUUCAGGCUAUUCUAAAGGCUUUUAGCUCAACUGAAAAUUGUCAUCUUCCGUUAAAGGAUUUUAGGGCCCAUUUUACGCGCGAAAUAUAUACCUUAUGUAAAGGAUAGUACGCGGUGCUUGUCAGGGGUUUCCAGUCCUGAGUUUGGAUCUUCUGUAUGCAUUACAAAGUCUAAUUGGUACGAGGGUGCCAUGAAAAGGUCACAAAAAGGACAAAGAAUAGCUGGGCUAAACAAAUUAAUAUAACUCCGAAAAUUCCAAAAUGCAAAAAGAGAGUAUCUAUAGUAUCUUUAUGUAAAAAUCACGGCAAAGUAAUCUUAAUUACCGAAAAAAAAAGCUCAUUUUUUCAUAGCCAUCAGCGGAGGAUGAGCAUUCCGCUGCUUUUACAAAUUUGGCAAAGAAUAGGGUUUGGAAAAUGAAACAAAUUAGUCAAGCGUAAACUCGGUUUCUGCAAUCAAUACGUAAUCGCCAUCAAGUACGAUAUACAUAUGUCAGCGUUUUUUUCCCACGGACGUUAAACCCCGUUAAGGAAUCUGUCUGCUGUAGCGCUUGAAAAAAUGGGCAGGGAGAGAAGACCCUAUUGGGCUUGACUCUAAUCUGGCAGUGUAAGGAGACGUAAGAGAUGCAGAAUAACUGGAAGAUAUUGUUUCUCGGUUUGAUUAUCGCCAAUGAAUACCACUACUCACUAUACGGAUAUAUUUAUACAAAUUUUGUUUAUAUAACCAAUACUUCGAAUUUGGUAUAAUUCUCAAUACUCAAGUACGAUCCAAUUCAAGAACUUUGUCAGAUAGAGAUAUUAACGGAGGUGUCCCAAGGCCACGUCACUGCGGACGGAAACCACACAUAGAACAAAAGGACAAAAGCUGACUUGAUCUGGUCAGUUUCCAGUACACAUAGGGACAGCAAAAGCUCGGCCUGUCGAUCCUUUUGUUUCAACGAGUUUGCAACGAGAGAUAUUAGAGAAGUUAACACUGGGUUACCUGGCUUGUUGCGGCCAAGCGUUCAUUGCGGCGUAGCUUUUUGAUCCUUUGAUAUAGGCUCUUGCUAUCAUUGU